AUGAUGUAUGUUACAUAUAUGAAAAAUCACAUUCAACAAGUUCACGAGAAAAACUACAAACAUAAAUGCAUCGUUUGUGAAAAAGGUUUUCAAAAAUCAUCAGACUUACGAGAUCAUCUAGCAUUGAAACAUUUAGAGAAGGAACUUUACAAGUGCUCAAUAUGUGAAAAAUCAUUUUCAACUCAACAAUCCGUCGAGAUGCACAUCAAGGCAAUUCACAAAAGAACUAUUGCUGGUAAAUGUGAAAAAUGCGGAAAAUCAUUCACAUCAAACUACCGAAGACACAUCAAACUACAUGAAAACAAUCCAUUUUGUUGCACUCAAAAUUCAUGUUUCAAAAUGUUUAAGACUGAAAUUAAUCUGAAGAACCACAUAACGGUUAAACAUACAUAUGGCUUUAAGUGUGACCAGUGUGAUAAAAGUUAUGGUAAUGGACGAUUGUUAAAAAGACACAAAAAAAUUAAACAUUAA